GGUAGGAGCGGCCGGCAGGCUGGGGAGGUGAGUGGGGGGAGAGGAGGGAGCCGAGGGGAGCGGAGCCCUGGAGGCGCAUUAGGGCGCAGGCGGCCCGGCCAUGAGCAGCCGGGCAGGCCCGGGCCCCGGCCCCGGCGCCCCGUCUUCUCCCCCGCCCGCCUCCCCGGCCACCCCGAGGCCCGGGUCCGAGGCCGGGACGGACGAACCCGAUGCUCCCACCACUUUCUGUAAGCUCCUGCCCAGGAUGUCCCCGUGGAAGUUCGCGGGCCCCGCCGCCUUUCUCAGCCGCAGCCCGUCCAGCGCGGGCAAGGAGCUGGCCCCGGCGCCGGCCACCAAGGGCGGCGGCCUGGAGGAGGUGGCAGCUCCAGGAUCCGGGGCUGGGCCCGGCCUGGCAGCGGUGCUGGGCGCCUGUGAACCCGUGUGCGCCAGCCCCUGCUCCUUGCAGCUGGUGAGCCGCUGCCGAGGCGCGGCCGGGGCCCGCCAGGCCGGGGCCGGGAUCGGGGCUCGGGGGGCCGGGCCCGGGGCGCGACCAACGCCGGCCGGCGAUGAGUGGAGUCGCAAAGGCAGUUUUAUCCACAAGCCCCCGCAGGGCUGGCUGCACCCGGACGAGAGGGUUCUAGGGCCUGGGGUCUCCUACAUCGUGCGGUACAUGGGCUGCAUAGAGGUACUACGCUCCAUGAGGUCCCUGGAUUUUAACACCCGAACCCAAGUCACCCGGGAGGCGAUCAAUAGGCUUUAUGAAGCAGUGCCUGGUGUCCGAGGUGCCUGGAAGAAAAAGGCCCCCAACAAAGCCCUGUUCUCCAUCCUUGGGAAGAGCAACCUCCGUUUUGCUGGUAUGAGCAUUACAAUCAACAUCUCCAUUGAUGGUCUUAACCUUAUGGUGCCUACCACUCACCAGAUCAUCGCUAACCAUCACAUGCAGUCCAUCUCCUUCGCCUCCGGUGGCGACACGGACAUGACGGAUUAUGUGGCUUAUGUGGCAAAAGAUCCCAUUAACCAGAGAGCUUGUCACAUCCUGGAGUGCUGUGAAGGAUUAGCCCAGAACGUCAUCAGCACUGUAGGCCAAGCCUUUGAGCUGCGUUUCAAACAGUAUCUCUACAGCCCCCCCAAAGUGGCCAUUCCUCCUGAAAGGAUGAUGGGGAAUGAGGAAUCAGCCUGGGGUGAGGAGGAGGAUGCUACCGAGCACGACUAUUAUAACAGCAUCCCUGGGAAGGAGCCGCCCCUAGGUGGCUUGGUGGACUCCCGGCUCUGGGCGCCCAGCUAUGUCCACACCCAGCCACCCAGCUCUGGCGCCUUCAGCCAGGUUGGGUCACCUGCCCGGAGAGAGCAACGGAGUCAAGCUGGCCUGCACUGGGACUUGAGCCUCCCUGGCCAGCCCUGUGAUGACGGUUACCUGCAGGCAGACAGCCGGCCCCUGGGCUCCCGGAACUAUGAGGAGCACAUGUAUGUGAACACACAGAACCUGGAGAGCUGGGAGACGGAGCCUGCUGCCCCGGAGGAGAGCCCCAAGAAGGACCUUUUUGAUAUGAGGCCCUUUGAAGAUGCUCUGAAAUUGCACGAGUGCUCAGUGGCCAGCAGCGGUCCCAUCCCCAUCGAGGACCAGUGGCCCAGCCCACCCACUCGCCGAGCUCCCAUCGCCCCAACAGAGGAGCAGCUCCGCCGAGAACCCUGGUACCACGGCAAGAUGAGCCGGCGGGCAGCGGAGAAGCUGCUUAGGGCUGAUGGGGACUUCCUGGUGCGGGAUAGCGUCACGAACCCUGGACAGUACGUUCUCACAGGCAUGCACGGUGGACAGCCCAAACACCUGCUCCUGGUGGACCCUGAGGGCGUGGUACGGACCAAGGAUGUGCUGUUUGAGAGCAUCAGCCACCUUAUUGAUUACCAUCUGCAGAAUGGACAGCCCAUCCUGGCCGCUGAGAGUGAACUGCACCUGCGUGAUGUGGUGAAGCGAGAACCCUGACCUGGCCUAGGCAUGUGUCCCAGGGAAAGGGUGCUGUCUGCUUUCCAGGGGUCCCUAGGACUGGGCUGUCUAAAGAGGGAUAGAGAGGCCAGGCUACAAGUGUCCUUUCCCUCAACCAUUCCUCACAUGUACUGCAUCAUAGAACGUAGAACAUAAGAUAUUAGAGAUGAGAAGGCCCUGUGAACACAAAAUGUCACAGCUGGGAGAGCCCUUAAAACACAGAAUGUCACAGCUGGGUGAGUCCUUAGAACAUGGAAUGUCAGAGCUGGGAGAGUCCUUAGAACAUGGAAUGUCAGAGCUAGGAGGGCCUUUAGAACAUGGAAUGUCUGAGUUGGGAAGGUAGACUUUCAGAACCGUAAUCUUGGGUGGGCAGAAGCUAUAUGCUCCUGCCCUCCGUGGCCCUCACUUUCUUCAUUUGUAAGAUGAAGGGGCUGGACUCGGGCUCCCUAAGGUUCCUCCCAGCUCUGACAGCGUGUGUUCUAGGAUCCCUUUCAGUCUAGACGUUCAGCAUUCUAGGGUCCCCUCUUGUUCUGGAGUGCAAUGGUUCCUCUCCUUUCGCUGUCCCCAGUUCCCAGGUGGCUCCUUCUCCAUCUGCUGCCUGUCCUAACCCUUAAAGGCCCCAGCUUUGGGCUGACCUUCUUUCGCUCUUGGAUGCGUGUGUCUCUGCCCAGCACCGAGCCUGGAGUUGCUGCUGUCACUGCUCACCUUCUGAGUGAAGGACUGGCUGCUGCUUCUCCCCAGGCCCAGGGGGACGGGCCAAUCUGGGUCUCUGGGAGCCCCAGCCCCCCUUCCCUGCCUUCAUUCACCUGGCGUGAAUGUGUUCAUACCAAAGAUGAAACUUUUUCUGACUUUUUUUUAAACAAACAAAUAAUAAUAACAAAAUGAUGGAUGACUUCCAAACUGGUAACCUCAUUCUCAUUCUCCAUAGGGAGGCAGACACGAUGCUGCCCACUUCUUGACUGGAGCCUGGGUUCCCCAGCUGUAAAAUGUGGGUGCACCAUUCCUGGGGGGUAGGGAGGUCAAGUUAAGGUGCUUGGAGAUCCCCAAGCUGGAUGGGGGUAGGGUCAGAACAAAGGCGAGGAUUGGAAUAGAAUGACAGUAGGACCCAAGAUCUCUGGUCCUGCUCUUGCCCAGACCACCCCCUUCUCUUCCCUACCUCCCCUCCCCCACCACUCAGGAACACUAAUGUAUGAGCUUUGGUGGGACAAUCUCUUAUGCUCAUUAGGGGAAAGGGAGCCAUAUGCUAUAGAACCCAGAGCUGGAAUGGAUGCUAGUAAUGAGCUGGUCUGAAGCUCUGAUAACCCAUGGGAAGGCAACUUGGCAUUUGGGAGGCGGAGCCUUCUGCUCCUCCAUUUCCCUCACUCUCCAUCUUCCUUACAGGCCCUGUUAACUCAUUAUAAGUUCAGGUACCAGAGGAUUCAGGGAUGCAGGGAAGAAGGUCUCCCAACGUCCAGAACUCUAGGGCCUUUCAUCUCAGAGCAGCCAUCGUGGUCAUUAAGUCUAGAUACCCAUUUUACUGAUGGGUAAUAAACCAAUACGCAAAGAGGGAAAGAGGUUUGCCCAGGUCCACACAACAAUGGCAGCAGAUCAGGGCAGGAGAAGGUGGGCUUGAUUGCCCAGAGAUUCUAACAAUGGCCAUUACACACUACUUCCUUCCCCAGUACUCCAGUCAAUGACCACAUUUCUUUCCCUCCAGUUACCUCUCCCUAUAUUUGGCAUUCAGAACCUGUUUAUAAUUAAAUCUGGGAGUGACCAAAUGAUUUGGCUCAUUUACACCGAGCUGCCCAGUCUUGAAAGAAGCUUCCCCUUCCCUUCCCACCCCAGGAGCUGGAGCUGCGGGUCCUGGAGUAUGGCGGCCCCAACCCAAGAGCUUUCUUCUCUAAACCUCUCCCAGGCCCACCCACCCCCAAACCUCCAGAGGAGGAGGACAACUGCAGGCUGGGAGGGCCCCUGCACCAUUUCUAUAGGCCAGUGAUUUCAUUGGUGUAAGGAGCUGCCAAUGAGGAACCUCUACCAAUGCAGGCCAGUCCUUUCUCUGCACCCUUCUCUCACAGAGUUGCCUAUACCGAUAGUGUCAAACUGAGAUAGAAAUAGGGGCCACUAAACCAAAAACUGGGAUCUCUGCUGGCUGAACACUGACUUAGGAAACUACAUAGUAACAUUAUCUACAUUCUAUUGUAUUUUAAUUUAUUUUGUUAAAUAUUUCCCAAUUGCAUUUUCAUCUGGAUCCUGCUGCACUGGGCGAUGUUGUGGGGUGCACCCCACUGGCCUAUGGCACUGAGGGACUAUACAAGGUGCCUGGGAACACACCAGUAUGUCUUAGAGGCAGGAUUUGAAACCAGGUCUUCUGGGCCCCAAGAAUGGCUUUCUCUCCAUCUUACUGUGCUGUCUCUACUUCUAGAAGCCUUGCAGUUCACAAAUCAUGCUGCUGGGAGGGUGGGUAAGCUAACAAUUUUUAUGCCCAUUUUACAGAUGGGGAUAAAUGAAACUCAAAAGGAAGAAAUUUCUUCCUCCAGAUUACAGAGUACUGAGCCCAGAUCUUCUGACUCCCAAGUUCUGGGAGCUUUUCAGUGCAAUAAAUCACCUGUGGAGAUCUUGACUCAGAGGGCUUCUCUCUCAGGGAAAAGCAUCCUUCAAAAAUCUCCCCAGUUAGUUUUCACGGGGAAUCAUCCAUGGGCCUAAUUUCUCUCUCAAGGACGCCUUGAACUUUUCUCUUACACUCCCAACUUCUCCCCAAGAGAUACUCCCAAUUUCUCUCCCAAAAACCUUUCCCAACUUCCAAGAGGUGCUAACUUUUCUCCUUGUUGUUAUUCAGUUGUAUCUGACUCUUUGUGACUCUGUGGAUUCACAUUUGAACUCAGGUCCUCCUGACUCGAAGCCCAGUACUCUAUCCACUGCGCCACCUAGCUGCCUCAAUUUUUCUCCUAGACUACCCCAAUUUUAAGACUCUUUCAAAGAAAGGUCCUCCUAUUUCUCUUCAGAGACAUCCCAAGUUUUCUCUCAGAGUCUCCCAAAUUCUUUCCCAAAGACUUCCAACUUCCAAAAGAUAUUCCAACUUUUCUCUCAGGCUCCCCAUCUUCUCUCUAGGACACUUCAACUUUUCUUCCAAAAAACUAACUUCGCAGAAAGUGCAUCCCUCUCCUAGGACAUCCCCAGUUUUCUCCCAAAGAGUUCUCCAACUUCUUACCCAAGGCUAUUCCAAAUUCUCUCCCAACUUUUCCUCUCGUCCUCUUCCUCCAUAAGAGGUAGCCUAGUGUUGUGAAUAGAGAACUGGCUAUGAAGCCAGAAAGACCUGGGUUCAGAUCCUGCCUCUGAUAAAUAUGAGUACUUCACUUAAACUUUCAAUGCCCUGGGUCAGAGGUAUCAAACACACUGUGGUGGGAUGCAGUCUACAAUACUUUCCUGCAGCCUGAACCAGAUUAAAAUGUAAGUGGGAAAUAUUUAACAAUAUAAGUAAAAAGACAAUAAAACAUAGAGAACAUCACAUUCCAAAUCUAAGUCAAUAUGUGGCUGCAGGGAUACUUAUGUGUUUCUGUUUGAGGUUGACACCACUGCUGUGGGUGACUUUCUAAGACUUUCUAAGCUGUGAGAGAAGGUGCCCACCUGUAUUAGUAGGAAUUUCCUUACCUGGAGAAUGAAAUCAGCCAGGCCACCUUCUCCUCUCCAUCUCCAAUCCCACCAUUCAAGGCUACUUGAGCCCAGCUGACCUCAGUAUGCUGGAGCCUCCACCCUAAUACCUAUUGUCUAGCAUUGGUUGGAUUAGAACUCAGAUUGGCUCUCCCCACCCACCCCUGUACUGCUUCUACCACCUCCCCCAGGUAUGCUACAAGUCCAAGGCCUGGAGCAGCAUGCCUAGCCCUACCAGCCAGCCACAGGUCAGCUGGGAGAGAGAAGGGAGAGGUGGGCUUGGUCUCCUGGCAGUGGGAACACCUCCUGUUUAUUGAAGGAAGUCUAACAAAGCAGCAGUGUCUUAGCCCCAGCACUUACCCAAGGCAUCAUAGGCCAAAAACUGCUUUUAAAAAAAAAAUCCCAGCUGUCUGGGUGGUGAAAAGGAGGAUGGAGGCCCAAAGCCCUUUGAGCUUAGAAAAGGAGUAGCAGAGAUGGCCCACCACUUGCCCCUCCAAGGCCAGGUCACCAGUAAACUAAUUUGAUGGAGGGGGAAAACUACAGCAUCUAAGUAGAACUGAUUCACCCAAGGAUUCCCCUUGGAUACAACCAUGGAGCUGUGGGAGAAAAUACAGUUUAAGUCCCUUAUUAGAAAGAAGAAGAAAUCCAGGCCUAUAGAGGAAAAGUCAUACUGAGAAUAAGGAUGAAGCUGAGGUUCUAACUCAGGUCAUAUGACAUGAAUUCAGGACUUCCCUAAUUACACCAGGAUGGAUCUGAUUCAAUUCUAGAAGGUCUGAGAUGCUCUCUCUGGACCUCAGACCAGCCACCAGACCUUAGUCUUCUGGGAAGGCUCUCAGGAGUGUCCCCUGCCACAUUCCAGGCUCCUGUCUGGUCUAGGCUUAUUGUCCGGCUGGAGGCGUGAAGCUGGCGCAAAGCCCUGGGGAAUUUGUUCAGCUAGUUCGACGUCUGGCUCAGGAAUUAUCGUUCCACAUCGGUUGGACCUCUUUAUUUUCCCUUCCCUUUGUGGAGAAUGAUGCCUCAAACCAGCACAACUUGGCCAAUUCUUUCCUCCCUCAACUCCUCCUCUGGCUCCUGUCUGGAAAACAAAUUGGAUAGGAAUUCCCCCAAGACCAAGGAGCCCCUGCGCCCUCAUUUGAACUUCUCCUUUCCCUCAGGACUCGCCAGACUGGUCCUAGGGCUCAGGCCAGGAUUGGUCCUUUAAAGGGAAAAAAACCCUGAGGCCAUGUGCUAGCACCCUGAAGGGAGCCAAUCACUCCCAGUCCUCUGCCUGGGGAGCCUUAGAAGAUGUCAGAUUUCAGGACUUUAGAACACAGUGAUAGGAAGGAACCUUAGAACAUAGAAUACUGAGGCUAGAAAGAAUCUCAGCACACAGAAUGUUAGAGUUGGAAGGGACCUUUGAACAUGGUAUAUACAUAAGUAUAAGGGCUAAGAAAACCUGGCCCUAGUAAUGAGAGUGACCCCAGGGUGACAGCCUGUGGGUGAAAGGAGGAAGGAAGGUUUAAAAAAUAAAAAGCCGUGAUGCCUCCUAGCUGGUUAGCAUUAGUGAAGUAGGUAAACAAGGCAGAUCCCAGAAGUCAACAAAACCUUCUGGCUCCUGAAUCACUUUAGCUACUGGCCUGGAGGUUCCCUGGCGCUCCCAUCAAGAACUUGGCUCCCAGAGCUCCACCAAAGGGGCAGUCACACGAUGAUACAGUGGAAAGUAGGAUAGGUGGCUCUGGAUUUAAAAGGCUUGGAUCCCAAUCCUGGCUCUGGUAGCUACUACCUCGGCCAAGUCACUUAACAUCUACAGAUCUCAGCUUCCUCAUCUAUUUAAGGAGGGGUUUGAAGAAGGCUACUUCUUCCAUUCCUUCCAGCUUUUAAUCGAUGCUCCUAUGACCCUGAACAAGUCCCAUCCUUGCUUUGGGCUCUGUUUCUCUUUCUGUAAAACAAGGACAUUUAAUUUAAAAACAAACAAGCCAAGGGUAGUCUGUAAAACCUCUUCUAAUGUUCUAAAGUUCCUUCCAGCUAUGACAGUCUGUGUUCUAAAGUUCCUUCUAGCUCUGGCAUUCCAGUGA